AUGAUUUUUGAUCUUUAACCACCAUCUCCAUCUGUAUCUCCCAACUCCAGAGUUAGAUACUAUUAGGAAUAGUUAGAUAAAGCUCAUGAAAUUAUAGACUAACUAGAAAUUUUACUUCAUGAAAAAGAACUACAAAAAUCUUAAUCUAAUAAUUCUUCUUUUUGCUAAACUACUAUCCCUCCUCUUCAAUUUCAUUCCAAAUCUCCUAGUAUUAUUAGUGAAAGAUCAAAAAGUUAUGUUGCCACUCCAUAAUAAUACUCUACUCCAAGAGAUCUAAGGAAUAGAAUGUCUAUGGGAAAUUCUAAUUCUAUCAAAUAUAUUGAAGAAAUGAAAACAAGACAUACUGAACUUGUCUUAUAAUUCAAAGAAGAUAACUCAUAAAGAGAAUUAAAAAAUAAAGAAAUCAAUGAUCAUAUCUAAGAACUAAAAACAGAAUUAAUUUAUUGUUAAUAAAAACAAAAUAUCACUAAAAAAGAAAAAACAUAAUCUUAGUAAUAAUUAGAACAUCUCUAAAAUGAAAUUGAAAACAUUCAAUUACAUUUGCAUAAAUCUAAACAGUAAGGAUUACUUUUAAUACAAAAACUUCAACAAUUUAAAUAAGAUACUAAACAAAUUGAAUUACUUUAACAAGAAUCAGAAAUUAUUUCAAAAUUUGCAACUCCUCAACGACAUUAAAAUCAAAAUUUCUAAAAUUCUACUAGUCACAAAAAACUUAUGUAAAAUUUAUAACAAUAAAUUGAAUAACUAGAAGCUUAAAAACAAUAAUAUUUUAACACUUCUGUUUCAAAUUUUUAAGAAAAAGAAAUUGAAACCAAUCAUAUCAAUAAUGAUGAGAUUGUAACUAAAUUUAAUAUUAUUUUUUUAGAUUUAAACUUAAUAAAACCCAAGAAUUGAUACUUUAGAUGAUAUUAGAUUAGUAACAGAAUCUUGUUAUAAAUUAAACACCUAAAUAGAUUAAGAUAAUGAAUCAGUAAGGUCUUUUAAAAUCAAAAAAUAGAAACCCAGAAGUUGUGAAUUAUGUGUCAUUUUCUGA